UUCUUUGCCACCGGCACUGAAAUUUACAUUAGUCCAUUUGUGCGUGUAUUGCCUUAUAUAAUGGGAGCUGUGGCUGGUUGGUAUUUCUUAGAGCAUAAGAAGCGUGAAUUCGAUUUAAGUGAAUUCCAAGAGAAAUGCUUGUGGAAUUUGUCAUUGUUGACAUUCUUCAUUUGCAUUUAUUCGACCGUUAAACGUGACAUGUCCUACAUAAUGGCCAUAUCCUUGUUUGUGUUGGGUCGUUUGCUGUUUUCAUUGAGCAUUUGUUGGAUGAUUAUUGGCAGUGCUACUGGACGCAGUACCUGUUGGUCUAGAUUUUUGGAAGCCAAACCUUUUCAACAUUUGAAUAGACUUUCAUAUGGGAUUUAUCUAUUAAAUCCAUUUGUGAUUGCGCUAUUUUUCGGUUUAACCAGUGUCAGUACUCAUGCUGAUCCAUUUAUGUUGUGCGUUCUUUGCUCCGGUUUCUCCGUCAUCACUUACUUAGCCUCUAUUGUCUUCUCUUUGGCCUUUGAGAUGCCCUUCUGCAACUGGUCUUCGCUGAUAUUGAGACGCACGAGUCCCAAAGUCAAAAAUGCCUAAUUAAGAUGCUCUUUUUUUAAAUAUAAUUUUU